AUGCUGAAACAAUUUCCUAUCGAUAACGACGACUUGACAUUAAACUUCGGAAAAACAUAUCGAAAAAAUAAUAAAUUUAAUUUAUCUAAGCCAUGGGUGAAAGACGGGAAAGAAAAGCUGACACUAACAAAAAUUGUCAUUCACUUCACAUUUUUCUUCCAUUCCUAUCUUUGUCAUCAUUUUCCCGUCAAAUAUGAUGAUAUUAUUAUGCUUGAAUCAUCUCCACCGCUCACCUUGUUAAUACGAGAAUUUGCAACAUUGCGAAGUAUGUGA